AUGGGAAUGUUUGAAGCAGGAGGCCUUGAACGGGGCGACGGAGAAAAUAAUCCCCCUCAAACUGAUUUCCCUCCUACGUCACAAUCGAGAGAUUACCACCCAAGGGAGCAGUCCCCAGCCAGAUACAAUAGUGACAGUGACAACUGCCAACAGGACACCUCCAAUGUCCGGGACACCCUCCACGGAAACAUAGAGGGGUGCGGAAAAUGCCACCCUCCCCAGCCACGUUUCACAAACCUGCCCCGAAUGGUUAUAAAUGUGUGCCCCAGCACCCGUUUCCUCUGGUCGAGGUCGAGUGCCCCCACCCGCAUGGAAAUGCCAACACGUUGCCCAAUUGUCAGCCGAGUGCCGACUCGCGACUCUCUCCGUUCUCUGCAGGUGGACAGGUACCUGUACCACUUGAGACUCUCGGAUGACGUCCUGCGCGACAUCUCGGACCGCUUCCUGGUCGGGAUGAAGAAAGGACUGAGGAAGGACACCAACCCCACGUCCUCUGUGAAAAUGCUGCCGACGUUUGUCAGGUCCACUCCGGACGGGACAGAGAGCGGCGAUUUCCUGGCUCUCGAUCUAGGGGGCACUAACUUCCGGGUGCUGAGGGUCAAGGUUUCGGACAACGGGAAGCAGAAAGUGGAGAUCGAGAACCGGAUAUGCGCCGUUCCGGAAGACCUGAUGCACGGGACGGGCACUCAGCUCUUCGAUCACAUCGCCAACUGCCUGGCGAGCGUCAUGGAGGAACUGGACAUCAAAAAUGAGAAACUCCCUCUCGGUUUUACCUUCUCGUUCCCCUGUCAACAGACCAAGCUGGAUGAGAGUAUCUUGGUUCACUGGACGAAGGGAUUUAAGGCGAGCGGAGUGGAGGGGUGCGAUGUGGUCACUCUCCUCCGACAGGCGAUUACGAGGCGCGGGGACUUUGACAUUGAUGUUGUUUCCGUCGUCAAUGACACAGUGGGGACCAUGAUGACUUGCGGUUACGAUGACCACAACUGUGAGAUUGGGCUGAUUGUUGGUACAGGCACCAAUGCCUGCUACAUGGAGGAGAUGCAGUACAUUGACAUGGUGGAGGGGGACGAGGGCAGGAUGUGUAUCAACAUGGAGUGGGGCGCCUUCGGAGACUUUGGAGAGCUGGACGAUAUCCGGACGGAGUUUGACCGAGAGAUUGACAGAGGCUCCAUCAACCCCGGGAAGCAGCUGUUUGAGAAGCUCAUUAGUGGGAUGUACAUGGGGGAGCUGGUCCGAAUUAUCCUCGUCCAAAUGGCCAAAGAUGGCCUGUUAUUCGAAGGAAAGCUUUCACCAGAGCUGCUCAUCAAAGGUCACUUCGAGACCAGAUACGUGUCAGCGAUUGAGAAGGACAGCGAUGGUCUGCAGAAGGCUCAGGAGAUUCUCGCCAAGCUGGGCAUCGAAGCCAGCGCCGAUGACUGCGCGGCCACCCAGCGGGUCUGCACCAUUGUGUCGAGCCGCUCAUCGGAUCUCUGCGCUGCCACCCUGGCAGCGGUCCUGAGGCGCCUCAAGGAGAACAAAGGGCUCGAGAGGCUGCGGACCACCAUCGGAGUGGACGGGACUGUCUACAAGAAGCACCCGCAGUUUGCCCGUCGCCUGCAGAAGUCUGUGCGCCGGCUGGCGCCGUGGUGCGACGUCCGCUUCCUGCCUUCGGAAGACGGCAGCGGCAAGGGUGCUGCCAUGGUGACAGCGGUGGCCUCCCGGCUGGCCAAGCAGCGGGAGCUGCGGGAGGCCACGCUGCGGGCCUUGACGCUGGACGAGGAGCAGCUCCUGCAGGUGAAGCAGCGCAUGCGGGCGGAGAUGGAGCGAGGCCUGACCAAGGGCGGGCACGCCGCCGCGCCCGUCAAAAUGCUGCCCACCUACGUCCGCUCCACGCCCGACGGGACAGAAAAGGGCGAUUUCCUUGCCCUCGAUCUCGGCGGGACGAACUUCCGGGUGUUGCUUGUGAAGCUUCGGAGCGGGAAACGCCGAGUGGCGGAAGUGCACAACAAGAUCUACACCAUCCCCGUCGACGCCAUGGAGGGCACCGGAGAGGAGCUGUUUGAUCACAUCGUCCACUGCAUCUCGGAAUUUAUGGAGUACAUGGGGAUAAAGCAAUGCGUUCUGCCGCUGGGCUUCACCUUUUCCUUUCCCUGCGAGCAGCGAGGGCUUGAUCAGGCCAUCCUCUUGAAGUGGACGAAAGGAUUCAAAGCAACGGGUUGCGAGGGUGAAGACGUUGUCGAUCUCCUCCGAGAAGCCAUCAAGAGGAGAGAGGAAUUUGACCUGGACGUGGUGGCGAUCGUCAACGACACUGUCGGAACGAUGAUGUCUUGUGGAUACGACGACCCCUUCUGUGAGGUCGGCCUCAUUGUCGGGACCGGUUGCAAUGCCUGCUACAUGGAAGAGAUGAAGAAUGUGGAGACGGUGGAAGGCGAUGAAGGGCGGAUGUGCAUCAACAUGGAAUGGGGCGCGUUUGGCGACAAUGGCUGCCUGGAUGACAUCCGGACUGAGUUCGAUCGGGAAGUGGACCGGCUGUCGAUGAAUCCGGGCAGACAGACGUACGAGAAGUUGAUCAGCGGCAUGUACCUGGGCGAGAUCGUCCGUAACAUCCUCAUCGACUUCACAAAGCGGGGGCUGCUGUUCCGGGGCCGGAUCUCCGAGAGGCUCAAGACCAGGGGCAUCUUCCAGACCAGGUUCCUGUCUCAGAUUGAGAGGUGA